UUCAUGGGACCAACGCUUCACACUCACUGACUCAGAGAGGACAGACAGACGGAGAGAAGAAGAAGAAGAAGAAGAAGCUGCUGCUUUUUGAGUUCUCCCCCCGCACAGCUGAGUUGAUGAGGCGGCUCCAUCUCGUCUCAGGAGGCGCCCCCGUGGAGAGACGCUCCCCAGUGGCUUUAAUUUGACCCGUGUGUGACUCGUACGUGGGAACUGUAACAACUGUGAAGCAUUAUGACUCUUCUGGGCUCUGAGCACUCCAUACUGAUACGAAGCAAGUUCAGAUCAGUCCUGCAGUUAAGACUUCAGCAGAGGAGGACACGAGAGCAGCUGGCAGACCAAGGCAUCAUGCCUCUAAACCAGGGAAAGUUCCCAAAGCAGGAGGACUCGUACGCGUUCGAGGAGGACAGCAGCAGCGAGAGUCUGUCUCCGGAGCAGAUCCACAGCGACGAGUCCCAGGGUUCGGCGUGUCCUUCGUCCGAUGCAGUGGGCAGCGCACCAUCCUCGUCCUCCUCGCCUGCCCUCACCAGUACCCCACAGGGAGGUGCAACCAGAGACCCAACAGAACAAAGUCAGGAUGAAGGACUGUCCAGCACCAACAACAGCCUGGCUACUCCCCCAAUACCUGUCCCCGCUAUCGUCAAGUCCAAGACGUCGGACAAGAACCGGCACAAGAAACCCAAAGAUGUGAAGCCCAAAGUGAAGAAGCUCAAGUACCACCAGUACAUUCCUCCUGACCAGAAGGCAGAGAAGUCCCCUCCACCCAUGGACUCGGCCUACGCUCGCCUCCUGCAGCAGCAGCAGCAGCAGCUCUUCCUGCAGCUGCAGAUCCUCAGCCAGCAGAAACACUCGCACACACACUCACAGAGUCAGCAGCAGCAGCAGCAGCAUGCACACACUCUGCAGGUCCAGCAGAGGCAGCCAGCGUUCAGCUACCAGCCUCACCCGCAGGUCCAGACCCAGAAAGGAUCCAGUGAGCAGAUAUCGGUGUGCGGCUCCAGUGGUCCGUCCAGCACGGUCAACAGCAACUCCUCCUCUCCAGUGAAGAGCACACAUCCCAACCAAAGCAACAUCUCAGCUGUCAAACCUGGCUCACUGCCGGCCAAUCUGGAUGACCUGAAAGUUUCAGAGCUCAGGCAGCACCUUCGUAUCCGCGGCAUGCCUGUCUCAGGCACCAAGACCACCCUCAUCGAGAGACUCCGACCCUUCAAGGACUCCAACACUGGCUCCUCGCCAUCAGGCUCCUCUGACAUCACUACAGUGACCUUCCCCAUCACACCCACAGGGUCCUUGUCCUCCUACCAGUCCCCGUCCUCCUCCAGCGCCUUAUCUCAGGGAGGCUACUACCCGUACCCGAGCACUUCCUCCACCCCUCCCAUCUCUCCGGCCUCCUCGGAGCUCUCCCUCAGCGGCUCGCUCCCCGACAGCUUCAGCGACGUCCCCAUGUCCUCGCCGACGCAGUUCGGCCUGCAGCCGUCGCCGGCUCAGCUCAGCAUGGAGGACGGCGGAGGACAGAGGGCGGGGAACGUGGACGGCGUGGAGGCGGAAAAAGAUAAAAUGCUGGUGGAAAAGCAGAAGGUGAUCGAGGAGCUGACGUGGAAGCUGCACCAGGAGCAGAGACAGGUUGAAGAGCUGAAGAUGCAGCUCCACAACAGGAAACGCUGCUACGGAGCAACGCAGGACGCCGUCCCGCCUUCAUCUCACCCGUCCAUGCUCCGUCAGCAGACUCCAGCCAUGAUGAGCCAACACUUCUUUGGCGUGACCAUCAAGCAGGAGCCCAUGUCCCUGUCUACUAGCUGUCCUCUGUCCUCUCCAAAACAGUUGAAGAGUCCUCCCGCAAGCUGCGUGGAGGACGUGGGACACUGCAACACGUCCAUGUCGUGUAUGGACACUGCCCCGUCCUCCGGUGGCCCCCCCGCCAUGUCUGCCUUCCUCAGUCCAGAGUGCUCACCCACAGAAUCACCAAAUGGAAAGACCUGCAGAAGUCCUCAACCGCCAUCCCCUAAUAACCCCUACCUGCUGUCGCCUCACCCCCACACCCCGGGCAACAAUCGAGCAUCCAACAUGCAGAUGCAGCAGAAGAGUGGUGGACAGACGGUGAACUGCUCUUACGCCUCUGACCACAGAGUUCUUCAGGGAGACUUUCCCUCCUCGGCCGACUGUGGCCUGAACCACAGCGUCUUAGUCAAAGCCGAGAACCACAACAUGCAGACAAAGAUGUCAGUAUUGCCCUCUCCUCGGCAUGUUGACCAUAAAAGCCAGGUCUCUUCCCCUGCCUUCAGUAGCUCAGAUUCAGAUGCAUCUGACUUAAGACAGCCCCCGUGCUAUGAGGAUGCAGUGAAGCAGCAACUGACCAGAAGUCAGCAGAUGGACGAACUUUUGGACGUUCUCAUAGAGAGUGGAGGGUGUCCCGGCCUCCUCAUCCCGAGGUGCCACCGCCACUACGAGCACCAGUACCCCAACCAGCCCCACUACGAGCACUCGGCCAACCACAGUGCCGAGAGCCACCUGGAUACUUUGCUUGUGGGUCCGAUUGGCCGCGGCGCAGAGGCGGCCCUCCCGAAGAUGGCUGCUGCUGCUGACGACGACGGGCACAGAGAGGGCGACGGGUACGGCAGCCCACACAACCACAACCACCACCACCACCACCACCACCACCUACCGCACCCCCAACAGGACAAACACGUGACCAGCACCAGCAGGGAGCAGAUGGAAACGCCUCUGUCGCCUGUCAGCGCCAAGGCAUCCGCCUUCCCUGACGUGAUGGGGAUGGUAAACAUGGCGUUCAGUGAGACGCCAUGGGAGACGAUGGAGUGGCUGGACCUGAUGCCGCCAAACUCGGCCGCGGCCUUCAGUGUCCCGCCGCCGGGGGGCGUCUUUAACGCAGAGUUCCUGGACGCCACGGACAUUAACUUGCACUCUGCCAUGGACCUUCACCUGGACCACUGGUGAAAGCAACAGCACCUCCCAGUUGCUCGCUAACACUUAGCUCUUUUUUUUCAGGUUUUCUGAGGUGUGGUUGGAUGAAGUGGAGAUGUCUCCACACCACUAUUUUGUGUCCGAUACUAAUAUUUCCUUAUAUCUCUACUGAUUCUGCUAAAUUAAGAAGUCCAAUAGACUAUUUUACUGAUUAACAUCAACUUAGCCUUAAUAACACAUUUGUACUAAGGCCUCUUCAACAUCUAAUGUGGUUUUGACCGUUAUCGACGAACACCAACACUCAUUAUUGUAUCUGCUAGCAGGGGACACUAGAAAGAACCGAUUUUAGCCUCAUAACACCUAAUAAAAUAAUAUGCUCUCCCACACCAAACACCUACUGUACAUCACAGCAUACAGGAAUUACUGACCCACUGCUGCCUCCAUCAGUGAGUUCAAAUGUCCAAACUUCUGUGUUUGAAAUGUGUUGGAUUUACUUGAGUGACACAAACUGACCACACGAGGCAGCAGGAGACCAGCAGCUCCUGUGUCCCAGAGAGCUAAAAAUGUUCUCUAUGGACUUUGGUGAGAGCUCGACCACACGACCACACCUCAAUAAACCUGAAGAGCUGAUAAUCUACUUUUUUUUUAAAAGACUGAUGAAGGAGUCAGGAGUUUAACUACACAAUUAUGAGGUUCUCAUGACCUAGAGUUCAAAGACCAAGUGCUUUUUUUGGACACGAUUCACAAAAAUGCACAUGGACACGCGAAGGACUUCCUUCUGAACGGAUGAGCACGAUUUCAGUGCUUUUACGCUUCUUUUUUUUUACGCAACAUCAGUGUUAACGCCCACCUAGACUUGAAGACACGUUUAUUUUUCCGACAAUCAUUGUAUAUUUUCUACGAGUCUAUGUGUUUGUAUUACUGGAAAAACAAAAAACAAAAA